CCCUUUUACCACCUUACCACUGCUAUUACUACUACUACGACUACGACUACUACUACUACUACUACUACUACUACUACUACUAGAGAUUGUGGGAAGAGAUUGUGUCAUCGCACAUUAAUGGAGGUGCUUGUACUACGAAGAAGCACAGCCUUACAAAGUCAACAUCCAUCACUUCUCAGCUGAUCGUGUCCGCUUCCUGCCAUGGACUCAGAGUUGCUGAUUGGCUGGCAACAGGAGAGGGUGGAGCUACAUCAGGAAGUGCGGCUGCUGCAGGAGGAACUUGUGGAGAGUCGAGCGGAAAGGGAGGAGCUAGCGUCCAGGAACCGGGCCCUCAAUGAGCGGCUGGAGCUAUCAUUAGCCACCUCGCUGGCCCCACAGCACCAGGAGGAGGAGCACAGGGCGUGGAGGAGGCAGGUCCGGGAGGCCAGGGAGAGGGAGGCCCGUCAGGCUCUGCUCGUCCACCGGCUCCAGAACAAGGUGCUGGAGUACAGAGAUCGAUGUCACAGCUUGGACCUUCAACUCAAAGCACAGACCACCAAGCUAGUACACACGCAGCAAAGUAUCAACGAGGACAAGUGUGAGUCUUUGGAGAGCGCCCUCAUCAGGCUUGAAGAGGAACAACAAAGGGCUUCCGGCUUGAACGAGGCCAAUUCCUUUCUGCGGCUGCACCUCAGCCAAUCGGAGCGGGCCAACGAGGUCCUGCGAGUGGACGUGCGUGAGCUGACGCGUGAUUUGACAAGAGCUCUGGAGGAGGCGGAGCGCCGAGCGUGUGAUUGGCAGCACGAGAGAGAGUGUGUGUCAGGUCACGUGACGCGGCAGCAGGCUCAGCUCUUGCGUGUGUGGCGGUCCGUGAUGGCGCUCAGACAACACUGCCGCGCUGUCAGAACCGCCGCCGACAGAGAUCUGUUGGAGCUGAAGGCGGAGCUCUCCCGUCUUUCCUUGUCGGUCCUGUCCAGCUGUGACUCCGCCUCCUUGCACCUCAUCAAGCUCUCCCCCCUGCCUCCUCCGCCCGCCGACCUCCUGACCUCUCUCACAUCCGAGCGGCCGCCCCAGCCUCCCACCUCCUCCGUCUCCUCUUCCACCCUUGGAACCUUCACCGUUGGAGAGCUGGAAGUGGAGCCAGAGGACAGGAUGCUGGAGCGGAGGGAGCGAGACGCAAACUUGGAGGUUGUGGCUCGGGCCGUCAUCAAGCUGUCUCGGGUGCUGGACGGCAGCGCCCCCGCCCACUCGGCCGUCGGUCAGGACACGUCCUCCUUGCUGUCCAUCCUGUCUGCCACCGAGAGCGCCCUACAGUGGAGACAGCAGGAAGUGCAGAGGGCGGAGCUUAGUGCGCGGCGCCUCAGUGAGGACAACCGUUAUCUUCAGAUGCGACUGGGACAGCUGGAGGAAGACAACAUUCUUCACAAAAGUGCACAGAGCACUGACACGGUGAUGAGCAGAACGCAGGAGACCACAUCUCCAUCUCCACGCCAACAGCUGGAGCAGCAGAGAGGGGUGGAGCUUCGCAGCAAGGAGGCGGAGCUACAGAAGAGGCAGGAGGUCCUCCUUCGAGGAGAGGUGGAGCUUCACAGGAAGGAGGAAAGCGUUCAGAGAAAAGAGGCGGAGCUACAGAAGAGGGAGGCUGUCCUCUGUCAAGGAGAGGCGGAGCUUGGCAGCAGGGAGGUGGAGCUACAGAGGAGAGAGGAGGUACUCAGUCAAGGACAGGUGGAGCUUGGCAACAAGGAGGAGGAGGUUGAGAGAAAAGAGGCGGAGCUGCAAAAGAGGGAGGAAAUCCUCCGUCAAGGAGAGGAACAGGUCGGCAACAAGGAGGAGGAGAUUGAGAGAAAAGAGGCGGAGCUACAAAAGAGGGAGGAACUCCUCCAUCAAGGAGAGGAACAGGUUGGCAACAAGGAGGAGGAGAUUGAGAGAAAAGAGGCGGAGCUACAAAAGAGGGAGGAAAUCCUCCAUCAAGGAGGGGAACAGGUUGGCAACAAGGAGGAGGAGAUUGAGAGAAAAGAGGCGGAGCUACAAAGGAGGGAGGAACUCCUCCGUCAAGGAGAAGAACAGGUCGGCAACAAGGAGGAGGAGGUUGAGAGAAAAGAGGCGGAGCUACGAAAGAGGGAGGAAAUCCUCCGUCAAGGAGAGGAGGACCUCGGCGGCAAGGAGGAAGUGGUCCGUAGAAAGGAGGAGGAGCUGCAGAAGAGAGACCAGGUCUUCUUUCAAGAGCAGGUGGAGCUUGGCUGCAAGGAGGAAGAGGUCCGCGGGAAGGAGGCGGCGCUACAGAAGAGGGAGCAACUCCUCCGUCAAGGAGAGGUGGAGCUUGGCCGCAAGGAGGAAGUGGUUUGCCGAAAAGAGGCAGAGUUACAAAAGAAGGAGGAGGUCCUCUUUCAAGGACAGGUGGAGCUUGGCUGCAAGGAGGAAGAGGUUGAGAGCAAGGAGGCGGCGCUACAGAAGAGGGAGGAGGUCCUCCGUCAACAAGAGGUGGCGCUCCGUGGCCAGAGGCAGCAGUUGGAGAGCAAGGAGAUGGAGCUACAGAAGAACAGGAAAGAGCUCCAUCAAGGAGAGGUGGAGCUUGGCAACAAGGAGGAGGAAGUCGAGAGAAAGGGGGAGGAGCUACAGAAAAUGGAGGACAAGCUGCACAAAGAAGAGGAGGAGGUGAAGAGCAAGGAGAUGGCGCUACAAAGGAUGAGGGAGGUCCUGAGUCAAGGACAGGGGGAGCUUCGGAGCAGGGAAAAGGAUAUGCAAUCCAAGGAGGAGGAGCUACAGAAGGAGAAGGAGGAGCUUUUUAAUAAAGAGGCGGAGCUUCAGCGCAAGGAGGAGGAAGUCCAUCAAGGAGAGGUCGAUGUUCAGCAGAGACUUGACGCUGAGCUCCUGGAGAAAGAAGCCAUCAUCAAAGAUCUGAAGGGGACGGUAGAAGGUCACCAGCAGGCCAGAGUGAGAGCAGAAGAAGAGGCGGCCAACGCCAGUGACGCUCUGAUGAAGCGCUCCUCUCAGCACGCCUCUGUUUUGGAGGAGCUGAUGCAAGCGCAGACGCAGCUACAACAGGCAGCGAAGGACAUGGACGGGAUGGAGCGUCUCCACGAGGAGCAGCAGCGAGAGAGCAGGAGGUUGCAGGAGAUGCGACAACUUCUGCAAAGACAGGAGGAGGAUCAGGAUGAGCAGGCGCGGGAGUUGAGGUCCCGCUCCUUGUCUCUGCUGGAGCAGCUUGAGGAGCGCCACGCGCAGCUGCAGCGCGCCAACGAGGAGCGAAAUCGCCUGAGCGCGCACGUGCAGACGCUGCAGCAGGCCAAAGACGCGCUCGGCGGUGAGGUGCAAUGUCUGAGGGAGGAGCUGCACCAGAGGGAGAUGGCAGCGAGGAGGACGGAGGAGCUGGAGAAGAAGAGGAGAGAAGUCUGGCAAAGAACGAGGAAGGAGUUAGCGAUAAAUAAGAAGAAGAAGGAGGAGGCGGCGUCGAAGGAGGUGGACGUGGUCCCGAAAGAAAAAGACGGAGAAGAAGGGAAGGAGGAGCAGAUGCAGAUUCUCCACGCGGGCAUCGAGAAAGAGGAAUUGGAGGAAGAAGUGAUCCAAUGGAGGACACAGGCUGAACUGAGUGCCAAGGAGGUUGCCCAGAUCUCCUGCAGGCUGGAGGAGCGAGAAUUGGAGAUCCAGCAGCUGAGAAACACACUGAAAGAGAAGGAGGAGCACAGAAUAAGAGAGAUGGAGAGGAGACGUCACGAAGAGAGGAGGCAACCGGAAGACGGCUGUGAGGAAACCCAAGAGGAGGAGGAGGAGGAGGAGGGGAAGAGGAGGCGAGAAGCUUUGAUUGACAAGGAGGUCCAUGCAGCUCAGGAGGAAUGUGCCCUAAGAGAGAAGGCAGCAUGGCGGGAGUUGCAGCAGACGCAAGUGAUGGAGACACAGAAGGCACAAGAGAAGCUCCUGAGGGCCGAGGAGGUGGCCAGGGCUCUUAGGGAGGACUUGAGGAGGGAAGAGUGGAGGAGAAACGAGGCGCAGGAAGAACUUAAAGGAGCGCAGCACAUGGUGGAGGUGAUGGAGGUCAACCUAAAAGCCUUGGAGAACCAGGUGAAGGACAGCAAGACUCGGGCCCGGGAGGAUGAGGAGGUGGAGAUGAAGACUCUGAGGCGACGCCUUCAUGAGAGCCACGAAGAGGAGCAGCGUCUGAGGAGCGCCUUAGAGGGGGAGAAGAAGACCAGUCAUGAUCGAGGAGUUACAGUCGAUCAGCUGGAGGCCAAGCUGAGAAAUCUGGAGGAGGAUUUGAGGCAGGCGCUGCGCGAGGGGAGCAGACAGGCAGGAGAACGAUGGAGAAGAGAAGAGCUAUGGAAGACCGAGGAGGAGAAGAAAGAAGAUGAGGAGCAAAUGAAGAGAGAUGAGGAGGAAAGAGAUCAGGAACAGGAUGUGGAGUUAAGAACCGUAGAAGCGGAUGUCCAAGCUCUCGGGGACGAGGUGCCGUCUGAAACGCGGGAUGAGCAUGACCGCUCGAGAACGAGAACCAGCAUGAGCACGGAGGAGAAGGUGCGCUGUGUCCUGGAGGAGGAGGACACGAGGAGGCGACACAUGCAAAACGACGCCGAGGCGCGUGUCAUCACUCGGAGAACGCCUGAGAGCGGAUGGGAGAUGGAGGACCUCCAACGCAGGCGUCAGAGCGCUUCACGUGAAGGAUCAGCUGACAGACUCUUGUUGCAGAGCUGCGUGGCCUACCUGGAGCUGAAGCUGGACCGGGCCCAGAAGAAAAGCCAUCAUCUGAAAGAGCAGAAGAAGAGACUGAAGACGGAGAGAGACACACUGAGACAGGUGAGUCAACUUCACGUGGCGCUGGCGGUCGAUAGCCAGCAGAGGGCGAUGUCGGUGCAGAAGCCGUGCGGGAAAAAACUGAGUGACUCUUUGGUGGCCGUCACUCUCUGUCCAAUAGCGUCAGUUCUACAGUCAGAGACGCAGCGAUUGGACGGCAGUCUGAGGAAGGAGGAGCUUCGCAUGUCACUUGGCCAAUCGUGACAGGGGACUGAGGAGAAAAAGGGUAUUUCAUGACAGUGUUAUUUAUUUAUUGCUGUUGAUAAGUAUCAAAACCAACAGGAUGUUACGUCAUACAUGUCAGAUGUUUUAUCAAUACAAAAAUAUUCUUCGAUUGUC